AAGAAAUAAACAAAAAAAUUUGGAAAAAUUGCAAUUCUUAAACAAAAAAUUUACAAUUCUCGAAAAAAAUAAUAAUAAUUGCAAUAAAUAAAAUUUAAAAAAAAAUGUCUGCAGAAAAAUCCUGCAGCUUAUGUUGUAGUUCCUGCGAUAAAUAUCAAAGUUUGCAAAAUGAAACCGGUGGAAGUAAUGAAAUUUAUGAAAUUACUAUUAAAUAUUUUGAUCCGGUUUUAAUUGCAGAUAAUAAAAUUGGAAGCAAUGACAUUGAUGAAAUAAAGAUACUUUGCCAGGAAUGUUGGCUACACAUCAAAGAUUUUCAUGAAUUCCAGACGGCUGUUGUACAUACAAGAAAUCUACUACAAGAGAAAUGGAAUAUCAGUCAAUUAACGGUGGAGAUAAAAGAAGAAGAUGAGCUGGAUAGUGAGCCUUUAUGUAGGGCUAAAGAAGAUGUUAUCUUUAAAAAUGAUAAAAGUGACACUGCUAAUAUCAAAAAUGAAAAAUUUGAAAGUAAUAAUGCCGACUUUGAAGAUGAAGCCAUGUCCAUAAAUUAUGAUGAUGAUCAUCAUGUUGAAAUUGCAGAAUUUUUAAUAAAAUCCGAUAGUUCUGAAGAUAAUGAAAGCAAUGACUUGAAAUCAUCUGGUAAAAAGACAAAACAAACUAAAUCACGCAGAGGCAGAAAACCCAAACAAACAGUUACAGAAAAAUCUGAUAAUCAAAAUGAUAAAAAAGGUAAGGAAGCCGAUAUGCUUAUAGCUGAAUGGAAACCUGAAUUGGAAUGUGACUUGUGUGGUGUUUUUGAAAAUGACUUUUUAAAAUUACGCACACAUUUCAAAAAUAUACACAAUGCUAGAUGUUACAUUAAAUGUUGUGGAAAAAGAUUUUUUCGUCGUUAUUUGCUGGUAGAUCACAUACGUUUCCAUUUAGAUCCUAAUACACAUAAAUGUGAUAUUUGUGGCAAAACUAGUUCUAGUCUAACUAAUCUUAAGCUACACAAGAAAACCAUACAUGAAAAUACCGAACAAUAUGAAUGUGAGGUGUGUCACAAAUUAUUUACGUUAAAACCUUCCUUAAAACGUCAUAUGCUACAACAUGAAACGGGUAGUAAAGAUUUCGCUUGUCAAGAAUGUGACAAGGCAUUUGUUUCGGAAUUUCAACUAAAAGAACACACACGUGCUGUACAUAAUAAUGACUGGAUAUGUGAUCAGUGUGGCAAGACUAUACAUGGUAAAGCAGCACUAAAACAACAUUUAUUAGAACAUAGUGGUUAUAAGAAACCCAAAUUUCCCUGUGAUCAAUGUGGUGCUGAACUUCAUUCUCGCAGCUCUCUAAAACGUCACUUUUUAGCAUUACACGAUAGUUCAAACGAAUAUGUUUGUAGUAUUUGUGGUAAAGUAUCGGCCAGUAAAAGUACACUCUUAGCUCAUAAGAAAAAUGUUCACGAAAAAGAACGUAAACACAAGUGUACAUUUUGUGAUAAGGCAUUUAAAGAACCUAAAGUUCUGCGUGAACAUAUAGCUUCGCAUACCGGUGUAGAAUUGUAUCAAUGUCCACAUUGCCCUCAAAGAUUUAAAGUUAGUUCGAAUAUGCAUCAUCAUCGUAAGAGAGUACAUCCUGUGGAGUGGGCAGAGGGAAGAAAGAAUCGUUUUAUGAAACAAGUUAAUAGCAGUGAAGUUAAGAAUCAAGUUUUAAUUUAAGCACAUUUAUAUUUAUUUAUCUAUAAGUUAUAAUUAAUUAAUUUAAAAUAAAAUAUAAUUAAUACAGUC